CUGCCGGUGAUGCCACAGCUACAACUUCAACACCGCCGUCACGCCGUCAUGCAACGAUAAAAGAUGCUGGACUCUGGACUCGCUUCUGGCUCUUUCUCGGCUGUCUCUCUCCUGAAUAUAUGGACGAUCAUCAUUAGAUCUUGUUAUCCUUCACGACUCGCAUACCUUUACAUAUCUCGACGCCCGUUGAUAUGCUCUAUCACUCCCUCUGAUGUAUUUCGAACCGUUCUUUAUGUACGAUACGGACACCAUAGCGAGUAUACGCAUUCGAUCUUGUAGGAUCAGCUUUCCCAUACCAUCAAGUUCGACAUGUCAUGGCUGUUCUUUUCCUCGUCGGAACAGGACUAGAGGAACUGUCCAUUAUAUCAGCUCUCAUAGACGUCUUUCAUGCAGGAUCAACUUCAUUACCUGAGACUCAGUUGCCACUGGUGGAUUGCAAACCCGAGUGUCAGAUGGCAGAUGCUUUCUUUCUCAGUGCUCUGGGACUGUGCACACACAGACUCGGAUGUCACAUGGCAAACAGAUGACGACGGUACAGGGAGCAUCACCGCCUCAGACCUCUAUUACCAACUUCAUUCCAUCCAUCAACUGCUCCCUCAUUUACACUACCCUAGACGAGCACUUUCUCACAGCUGCCGCCCAAUAUCAUUCACUACCUGUCUCAAUACUUCCCUUUCAGUCAGA